AGACCCCUGGAUGUUUUCUCCAACUCAGUAAUGAGCGAUGCAAAACCCCCUUCCGAACUUGCAAUGAAGUCCGAAUCCGAAUCCGAAGAGGAAGAGGAAGAGUUAUCGUGGGAAGAAAAGCGACAGAAGAUGCCUAAAGUCGUCAAUGUUAGAAAGGUUGACUUCGAACACUUCAAAAAUCGUUACUCUCUAACGGAGGGUUUGGAAAUUAUUGAAGUAUUGCUAGGCCACCCGCAUAUUGACAAAGAAGCCUCUCACGAGGCUCGUCGGCGGCGAGGGAAAAUAUGGGACUUUAAAUACGAGAAGAAGUCGGCUAGCGAUGACGAGCGGAAAGGGAUUCAGCGUGUUCGAAUCCAGUCGCCGCCAAUUCUCCUGUUAUUGUCACGCCUGACUGGCCAUGGCGACGAUUGGUCAGUCGACAAACCGCGGACAUUUUUUCAGCCAUGGGCCAAUGUCGAUGAACAGGGCGGAGAACAGGUGACUGAGCCAAAUACAGAGCCCAAGGCCGAGGCCAUGCUAUCAAAACCCAGAAAAGAAUCUGAAGAUGAUAGUGACUCUGAUGCUGACAGUAAUUCUGAGCCUGGCAGACCAACAAGUCCCAUUGACCCUGAGGAGGCAGUUGAAGGACCGAUUGCAAACUCGGUUACGGCGCUCAAGCACGUCAGAAGAUUCGCUGAAUUUGUGGAAAAAGAAAUUUUGCCUCUUUGGGAGCGAGCUUUGGGGACAAAUCAGCGUAAUUUUUGCUGCAACAACCUCUGGAUGGCUUUUCAAACAGGAGAGCUCCUGUAUACUCCUCCACUGUCCGACUCUUUACAGGGUUCAGGAAAAGCAAAAGCACCGGCCUCAAGCGCAUCUCAAAUUGUCUGGAGACUUUAUAGCAUGGCGGUCACUAGUAUCGAAAAGGAGUACCCUAAGGACACCAACGCGGAUCCUGGGCGAGAUUUGUAUCUCUACUGUUACUGCAUGGACUAUAAUGGUUCGUCGUACGGACCUGUCGAUCGACUGUUUACGAUUGAGUCUUAUGAGGGUGAGAAGGAUAUCUCGACCCUGAGCAUCUACCCGAUGCGUUUUUUAAAAGACUCUCAGGAGAUGGUGGCCAAGCUCCACGCCCAGGGCAAACAAUUCCAAAGCGUAAUAAAAGAACCGCAUCUCUACUAUGACGGGUGGACGCUCACCUGCAAUCCGAUAGAGAAGUCCGACUCUAAGCAACAAAUCACUUCUGAGUACAUUGAUAGCGAUGUUAUUGUUGAUUUUGCAGAGGGCUACAAGGCAAACUCAUCUCUCUACGCGUCUUCCAUUGGAAUUCCUGAUGAUUUUCACGAUGAAGAUUGGCACUCCGGGGCGGAUGAGCUUCAUAUAAAACACUGGGCAGAUGAGUCACGGUCUAAGCUUCUUGAGGAUAUUGAGGAGGUCACGCAAAGAAACGAAUGGUUCGCCAACUACCUGAAAAUCCGCCAUUUGAAAGACUUUGGACUAUCCAAUGAUUGGGAAGUAGGAAAAGUUCCACAGGUCGAAGAGCAAAACGUCUGCCUCUUGCCACGCCGUGCUAUCGCAUAUGCCCUCCGACAGCGCAAGUUUGUUAUGGUUGAUGUCAAUACUUUGCAAAAGAUUCCUGCAUCGCAGAACACCUUUGACGAUCUUAAAAUAGACCAAAGUCAUAAACGUCUAGUCAAGUCGUUAGUGAAAACGCACUUUCAAGCUCAAAAUAUCCGGAAACAACAACAGCCACGCGCUCGCCUGCAUCAAGACUUGAUUCGAGGCAAGGGCUCUGGCCUUGUCAUCCUGCUUCAUGGCGUGCCUGGAGUGGGCAAGACUGCUACAGCCGAGGCUGUCUCUGUUGCCAAUAAGAAGCCCCUGUUCACAAUUACGUGUGGCGAUCUCGGUUUUACUCCCAAAGAAGUGGAGGAAUCGCUUAUGGAGAUAUUUCGCUUGGCCCACACUUGGGAUUGUGUGUUACUACUCGAUGAAGCGGACGUCUUCCUUGCUCGCCGGGAAGUGAGCGACUUGAAUCGAAAUGCCCUUGUUUCAGUAUUCCUUCGUGUCCUCGAAUACUAUUCUGGUAUCCUCUUCCUUACCACGAAUCGGGUUGGAACCCUAGAUGAAGCGUUCAAAUCUCGCAUCCAUGUCAGCUUGUAUUAUCCACCACUGGGAAAGAGACAAACUCUCGCAAUCUUUGAUGUUAAUAUCCGCAAGCUCACCAACAUCGAAAAGGAGAAGGAGAAAUUUCAACACGAUGGGGAUGUAAAGAGCUCUAAGUGUCCGACCUUGGAGAUUGACCGUGAUUCCAUCCUGGCGUUUGCAGCAUCGCACUUUGACAGGAAUGAGCCGAGUGAAAGAUGGAACGGUAGACAGAUCCGGAACGCAUUUCAGAUUGCUUACUCCCUUGCACAAUUUGACAUGCAGGAAGCCUCAAUGAAACACCUGGAUGAGGAUCAUGCCGACGCAUCUGUGAAAAGAGAAAACACAGGUGACGGUCCUCAUUUGACGUCAUUCCCACUCAACUACAAGCAAUUCAAAGAAGUUGCCAAUGCCGUCAAGAGGUUUGAUGCCUACCUUCACGAGGCCAUCGGGAGUGACAUGGAUCAGUCUUAUACUUCUGGCCUUCGAAACGACUAUCACGACCCCAGUGAUCCGAGCAACAAAUUUGUUUAUAAUCCCCCAACUCCGCAGGCCCAGCGUCGGAACUAUUCUACCAGGCAUGAUGGUUCGCAAAAAAAUUCGGACCGGGUUUAUCGCGAGAGAAGCGAAGAUUAUGAUUCGACCGGGAAUGGCAACGCAAAUAAUGCACCACGUCGACAAAGAAAUACCGACCAUGAUUCAUCACAAGGAUACUCUCAGCGACCGCCUAGUGGGGCAUAUCAGCCUUCACAACAAUAUUCACCGCCGAGAAAUCCCGGACGAAAACCCCAGGGGCAGGGGGCUCCAUCACAGCAAGGCAAGGCUCAGUAUCUGAAGCAGAAUCCUUCGCCUCAUGUGCAUACACAGCCUAGAUCACCAAUGAGGCAGCAUGAGUCCGAAAAUUUUACUCACGACAUGGAUAAUAAGGAUUAUGAUAAUGACGAGGAGUAUGAGGAGUAUGGUAAUAAUGAGUAUAGUUACAACCAAGAGUAUUCUGAUCAUGAAGAAAGUUAUGCCGAUGGGAGAUAUUAGUAAUUGAUUGUUGUUACAUCAGCCAUAUUACAAUCUCAACAUAUUAUUUUAUC